AUGGCACUAGCCCCCAACUCUCCCAGCAAACCGACGACUUCUCCAACAAGCAAACCCAAGCAGCUCGAAGUCACCAUCAAGCCCGUCAACUCCUCCUCCUCCUCCUCUUCCGCCGCCACCCCGGCCAAGAAGCAAAUCCUCGCGUCCGAAAUCCGAGCCCCUCCUCCUCCUCCUCCCACGGAAUCCUACUACAUCGCAUGGACGGCUCGGUCGAAACUCAGCUAUGAAGCCCGCCAGCGCGAUCACAAAUUGCGAAUGCUCGUCGGACAUGCGAAUCUCCUCGACAAGCUGGUCGUGGAGAUUGCGGAUGAGAAGGGGAAACCUGUCAGGGAGAAGUGA